UGCUCGUGUAUGUCUUGUGAAGUUUCCCUCAGCGUUUUUCAAGGGAAGGGUGAACAUGUGUGCUGCCCUCUGCUACGAGAUCCUGAAGUGCUGCACAUCAAAGCUGGCCUCCACCAGGAAUGAGGCUUCUGCCCUUCUGUAUCUCCUGAUGAGAAAUAACUUUGAGUUCACCAAGAGGAGAACGUUUCUGAGAACACAUCUUCAGAUAAUAAUUGCAGUGAGCCAGUUAAUAGCCGAUGUGGCACUCAGUGGUGGGACAAGGUUUCAGGACUCCUUGCUCAUCAUUAACAACUUUGCCAACAGUGACAGGCCUAUGAAGGCAACUGCUUUUCCUUCCGAAGUCAAAGAUUUGACAAAGAGAAUCCGUACAGUGCUCAUGGCUACUGCCCAAAUGAAAGAACACGAAAAGGACCCAGAAAUGCUGAUAGACCUACAGUACAGUCUAGCAAAAUCUUAUGCAAGCACUCCAGAGCUCCGCAAAACUUGGCUGGACAGCAUGGCAAAGAUUCAUGUGAAAAAUGGAGACUUUUCAGAGGCAGCCAUGUGUUAUGUUCACGUAGCAGCCCUCGUUGCAGAGUUUCUUCACAGGAAAAAACUCUUCUCCAGUGGGUGCUCUGCCUUCAGGAAAAUCACUCCCAACAUAGAUGAAGAAGGUGCAAUGAAAGAAGAUGGGGGGAUGAUGGAUGUACAUUACAGUGAGGAAGUGCUAGUGGAGCUGCUGGAGCAAUGUAUAGAUGGCCUGUGGAAGGCAGAGCGUUAUGAAACAAUUUCUGAAGUUUCCAAAUUGAUCAUUCCUAUCUAUGAAAAGCGGCGUGAAUUUGAGAAACUUACUCAGCUGUACAGAACACUUCAUGGAGCCUAUGCGAAGAUACUGGAGGUAAUGCACUCAAGGAAGAGGCUGCUUGGAACCUUCUUCAGAGUGGCCUUUUAUGGACAAACAUUCUUUGAAGAAGAAGAUGGGAAGGAAUACAUCUAUAAAGAACCCAAACUGACGGGCCUCUCGGAAAUCUCCUUCAGACUUCUUAAGCUUUAUGGAGAAAAGUUUGGAUCAGAGACUGUAAAGAUUAUCCAGGAUUCUAACAAGGUAAAUGUUAAAGACCUUGAUCCUAAGUAUGCUCAUAUUCAAGUGACCUAUGUGAAGCCCUACUUUGAUGACAAAGAAAUUUCUGAAAGAAAGACUGAAUUUGAAAGAAACCACAAUAUCAAUAGAUUUGUGUUCGAAACUCCUUAUACUUUAUCUGGAAAAAAGCAUGGCAGUGUGGAAGAACAGUGUAAAAAAAGGACUGUUCUAACUACCUCGAACUCCUUUCCGUAUGUAAAGAAGAGAAUUCCAGUCAAUUAUGAACAUCAGGUUAAUUUAAAACCAAUUGAUGUCGCUACUGACGAGAUAAAAGACAAGACAGCAGAGCUGCAAAAACUCUGCGCUGCCGGUGAUGUCGAUAUGAUCCAGCUGCAGCUCAAGUUGCAGGGCUGUGUUUCUGUGCAGGUUAAUGCUGGUCCCUUGGCCUAUGCUAGGGCUUUCCUAAGUGACAGCCAGUCCAGCAAAUAUCCUGCUAAGAAGGUGAAUGAGUUAAAAGAAAUGUUCAGGAAGUUUAUCCAAGCCUGCGGAAUCGCCCUGGACCUCAACGAGCGGCUCAUUAAGGAGGACCAGCUGGAGUACCACGAGGGCCUGAAGUCAAACUUUAGGGAUAUGGUGAAAGAGCUUUCUGACAUCAUCCACGAACAGAUGUACCACGAAGAUACAAUGCAUUCGCCAUGGAUGCAUGACUCCCUACAUGUCUUCUGUGCAAUCAGUGGAACAUCUGGGGAUGGAGGUUACUGUUCACUUAGACCCACUGCUGAAAUAUAAACAUGCCAGUGAUAUUU